AUGAAUGCACAGUGGAAAGAUUGGGCUGAAAAGAUAGAUGAUGCUUUGUGGGAAUCCAGGACUGCAUACAAGAUACCGAUAUGGACUUCUCCUUAUCGAAUGGUAUUCGGAAAAACGUGUCACCUUCCAACGGAAUUGGAGCAUAAAUCGUACUGGGCUAUCAAGAAGUUUAAUUUAGGCCCUGAGUUAGCUCACAAACUGAAGUUGUUCCUCGAAAAACUUUGGUCUAAGUGGAGUGGGUCGUUUGAAGUGGUAAGGCUGACUCAACAUGGAGUUGUGGAGCCAAGAAACAAGAAUAAAAGCUCUACUUUUCUUGUAAAUGGGCAACGAGUGAAACACUAUUUCGGGAAUGAUGUUGAUCUUGAGCAAGAAGAGCUCACCUUGAAUGACGAGUGA